UGUUGACCUUACAUCUAGCCUACGUGACAUGACGAUUGUAGCACCCAUAGGUUCUCGUCGUGCAGAACAUCGUAGCCACAAUCGGAUCGUGUGUCUACGUCCUCACUUUCUGCCUUCUGAGGAUUGUAUGUGCGAAAGUGCUCGAAGAAUGCGACGGAAAUCUUGCAUCUCUUUUCAUUCUCUGGUGUUCAUCUCGAAAGGGGCUGAAGAUACUCACACUGCAGCCUUCAAUCACUUGGCAGUAGUGUCACAGCUGAAAUCAUCGCAGAUAUUGUAUUCGAGUAGCUUCCACUACUCUGAAGUUUUCGGGAGGUUCAUGCCUGUGUCACUCCUUUGACAUCGACGACAAUCUUGUAUAUGUGACCAUGAGCUCAUCUCCCUCAGCCUUUUCACAGUGAAGGCCAUUCUUCACAACCAUCUCCUUAGGGAACCAACGCUUUUGAGAAACAGUGGACAUGAUCAGGUUGAGCGUUGUUAGCCUUACCAUGACCUCACAAGCCAUGGCCGGGUGUUGCACCUAGGAGGGCUAAAUUAUCUGCGCCUCUUCCUGGAUUGGCAUUUGAGUGUACUGCGGUGAAGAAGAUGAGUCGUCGCAUAGCGGCAGUGGCAUUUGCCGUUUACUGUACAGUCUGGACGAUUCUUCAUGCGGCCUUUGUUGUGGCCCUGAAUGACGAAGGUCUUGCUCUUCAGGAAUUCCGGAGCCGUUUGAACGAUACUCGUGGGAUUCUGUCUGACUGGGACCCCGAGCACUCUACUCCUUGCAAAUGGACCGGGAUCACCUGCUCCAAGGGUUUGCACGUCGUUGUCAUAAACUUAUCUGCAAAAUGGCUAGAAGGGAAUUUGACCUUGGACAUAAUUCGCUUCCCCCAGUUGCAAACUUUGAAUUUCUCAUCUAAUGGGUUCGUUGGAGAAAUACCUGAUUCGUUUGGGAACGCUUCCAGCUUGAAAGUCUUGAACUUGCAUUCGAAUCACUUAUCAGGGGCCAUUCCGUUGCCACUUUCCCAGCUUUCCAAUCUUGAAUAUCUGGAUCUGUCAAACAAUCAGCUUCAAGGCAUAAUCCCAGCAUCUCUGGAUAAUCUCUCCAAGCUCACUUUUCUGAAUGUCUCUUUCAACGAGUUGGAAGGUGUUGUCCCGGGGGGUGGAGCUCUAGCAGCAUUUAAUGGCGACUCAUACAUCGGCAAUGCUCGUUUGUGCGGUGUGGCUGUAGACCGCGACUGUGGGAGAGUUCGUUCUCUGGUGGACUUUGGCGAUGGACCCCUGCCAGAAUCUUCAAGCAGGUCCUCAAAGAAAGCCUUAAGUGUAGGGGCUAUUGUUGCAAUAUGCGUCUGUGCCUUUGCACUUAGCAAGGUAAUUUUGGGUACACUCUGCUACCUUCGAUGGAAGAAGAUGCAUACGACCUGCGAAAUUAAACUUUCAGGUGGAAAGAUGGUGAUGUUCCAGAUGUCAGGCAAGGCGACCCCAUCAUCGAAAGCUGUACUCCGGAAAGCGGAGUUGCUCAAACAACAAGAUAUUAUUGGAAGCGGAGGCUAUGGCACUGUGUACAAACUGGAGUUAGACGACAAGACACAAUUUGCUGUCAAAAAGCUUGCAAGGGGCGGUCAAGAUCGAGAACGAGGAUUCGAACGUGAGCUAGAAACUUUAGCUGACAUUAAACAUCGGAAUUUGGUUGCCUUACGAGGCUAUUACAGUGCACCGGAUAUCAACAUCUUAGUCUAUGAUUUGAUGCACAAUGGCAACUUAGAUACAUGGUUACAUGAACAUGUGAAGCAUGGUGGAAAGCCCCUGGAAUGGGACACGCGGUUGAACAUUGCAGUUGGAAGCGCCCGAGGUCUAAGCUAUUUACAUCACGAUUGCAUACCCCACAUUAUUCACAGAGACAUUAAGACCAGUAAUAUUUUGCUUGAUGAGGAUAUGGAAGCUCGUGUGUCAGAUUUUGGGCUUGCCAAGUUAAUUAGCCCGCACCAAACUCAUGUUACUACAAUGGUGGCCGGAACGCUCGGAUACCUGCCUCCUGAGUACAUGGAGACUGGAAAAGUGACCGAAAAAGGUGACGUCUACAGUUUUGGUAUAGUUCUGCUCGAGCUCCUGACGGGAAAACGACCAACAGACAAUUACUUCAUGGACAAUGAUUUCAAUAUGGUGCACUGGGCAAAAACUGCAGUGGAUGAGGAUCACCCUGAGGACAUCUUUGAUGAGUAUAUCCUGGGCUCAUGCCCUGACGAGGAUCUCUUAACCGCGCUGGACAUUGCAUUCCAGUGUGUAGUUCAGCAACCGCAAGCCAGACCUUCGAUGCAGCAGGUGGUGAAAAUGCUGGAGAGGUUACGCAAUGACCUUAGCUGCGCGGAGUCUAGCUUGGGAUUCAGCAGUCACUUGACCGCCAGUCAAAGCGGAGCGAGCUCUACAGCGUCGCCGAUGUCUUCCGCACUGCUCUCUCUAUGAUUUUGAAAUCACGGUCGGAUGUCAGCAAGUAAUCUAUCACUACAUUGUGCCAAAGCCUGAGAAACGUGGGUUGUUCUAACCACUCUGGGUUAGCGCAGCUGCCGAGUUCAACGCAAGUUCUCGACUGUAAUAUUUGUUUGAAGGUGGAGGCGUGGAAGUUGCCAAUAUGGGACAUAGCUAGGCAAUCUAGCCACCGACAUUCAAGGCGGUUUUUGGUGAUCCAAGAGAUGGAUCGAAUGGCAUUGCUGCGUCUAUUUGUUGUGAAUCUUUGCAUAGGAGCUGUGGGCAUCGAGCGUUUUUUCAUGAGCUCAAAUUGCAUGAUAUGUUGAUUGAAAGUAAGUGAUGCAGUGGAGUGAUCCUCUGCGGCGUGUUGGAGUACAUGCCAUAAGGCGUGCACAGCGAGAUUUUAUUGGCGAAGGAGAAUUAACUGCUCAUUUCCCCCCUUUUUUUUUUCUCUCGUCAGAGAUGUUAUGUUGCAAGAUCAGAUAGAGGAUAUGACACUCUUUGAAUCGAGUUUGUAUUUCUACUGUAGACUAAAUAGCUUCUGAAUGCUGGAAGUAGUUUUCUUUUGAAAGUCGUAAAUCUGUGUUGGCAAGGCCUUGGCGCUCGGUUGCUCUGAUGCGCAAUAACACUGUCAGAUGUGUACAGUACCCGUAUGAUGAAUGCCACUCCUUUAUUGUGAAUCAUA